GGUGAACUGACUAAUGGACGCUCCAAAUUUCAUGUCCUUUUCCUUCUCUUUGUGGCAGUCAUGUUCUUUGUAAGCCUUAUGUUUCUUUUUGGCUACCAUUGUUGGCUCGUCAGUAGAAACAGAUCUACAUUAGAGGCUUUCUCAGCUCCAGUGUUUCAGAAUGGCCCAGAUAAAAAUGGGUUCAAUCUUGGCUUUGUAAAGAAUCUUCAACAAGUGUUUGGAGAAGAAAAAAAGCUCUGGUUACUACCUAUUGCCUCUAGCCAGGGCGACGGACAUUUUUUCCCAAUGAGAGCUUUGUGUGAAGCUCAGAAUCCUCUCCUAGCAAAUGAAGAGCAGUGGGAAGAUGAUGGAAUAGAUGAAGAGCCUCACGAGUCUGGUGAAGCUUCAUCCCUUGCUAUAGAAAGGGAGACAUAG